AUGGUAGCUAGGGUAGGCGUUCUCGGGCCCGCCGGACACGCCGCCGCGACGCUUGCUCGUCGCCGUGCCGUUCCUCUGGGAGGAGGCGCCUUCCUCACGUCCUGGCUCAACACCACGUCCACGAGCCCACCGGACUGGUCACCGGCCGCUUCGUCCCCAUGCAACUGGUCCCACAUCUCCUGCACCGGCACCGGCACCACCAGGACCGUCAGCUCUGUGUCGUUCCAGUCCGUGCACCUCGCGGGCGCCACACUCCCUGCCACAGGCCUCUGCGCGGCGCUGCCGGGACUCGUCUCCUUCGUCGUCUCCGAUGCCAACCUCACGGGCGCCGUCCCCGACGACCUCUGGCGGUGCCGCCGCCUCGCCGUGCUCAACGUCAGCGGCAUCGCGCUCACCGGCCCUAUCCCGCCGUCGCUCGGGAACGCCUCCGCGCUCCAGACUCUGGCACUCAACUCCAACCAGCUCUCUGGCUCCAUCCCGCCGGAGCUGGCGUACCUCGCGCCCACCCUUCGAAACCUGCUCCUCUUCGAUAACCGCCACUCCGGCGACCUCCCGCCGUCUCUCGGCGACCUUCGCCUCCUCGAGUCGCUGCGCGCGGGCGGGAACCACGACCUAUCGGGCCCGGAGCGCGUGCGCCGCAGCCAUGUCCCGCCGCGCCUGCACUAG